UUUACAAUGGGAGAUUGGGAUAUGUAUUUCCUUCGUCCCACUACCGCUGUCGGCACCAUCAACUGCCGCACGAUCUGUCUUCCCAGGUUCAACGGCGACGGCUUUGCAAUCGUGGCGCAAGUGCCGGAUAUGCAAUCAGACACGAUUAAGGCGGUUUCCAGCCUGUCUAGGGAGUAGGAAACUCCGGGAACGUGGCUUUUGUGGAUCCAAUAAACAGUUAUUAUCCGGCGGUUUUCAUUAUCAUAACUUCCCUACUCUUCGGCAAGCAGUCAUUGGUGCUGCACUGCCGAAUUUCAAGGUUAUGGACAGCUCGAAGCACAAACACAUACAAAAUCCUCCGCCUGGACAUGGUCGCUCUGGAUGCUAAGGGUGAUGCAAUUUGGAUUCAAGUACCGAAGACAAAGAUGAACAAAUUUGUGGGUAAGAUCGAAGAGCAGAAGACAUACUUAAUUCGGAAUUUUGAUGUUGUCAAAGAAGAGAAGGGAUUUCGUCCUGUUCCAGGUGAUAUGUUCAUUGAAUUCACUUCCGGAACAACCAUGGUCCCAGCUGCAGAUGUUGUACCUCCAUUUAGGGAGCACUGCUUCAGGUUUCUCAAACAUGAAGACAUGUAUCCUAAUCGCGGUCAGCGUACUCUCUUGCUAGAUGUUGUUGGACAGCUCAAGGAACAUUAUCGCACCAGGGAAUCAACUUCAACCAAUCGGAAUUCAAAGCACAAAGAAUUACAAUCAUGCUGCUUGAGGGAAUUUCGGUGAAAGUGGUUUUGUGGGGACGGCUUCCAAGUACAUUAGAGAAAAUAAUCGAGGCUUCUAAUAAUCGGAAUGUUGUGAUGGUCAUAACCUCUGUUUUUGUGUCUGAGUGGAACGAGGAACUGAAGUUGUCAUCAUCUGGUGCUACUAUUAUUUAUGAUCGCUUGAACUUGAAUGAAGUCAAUGUCCUUAAAGAAAGAACUGUUGAUACUGCUCCCAAACUUAUUGAGGAAGAGAAACGUCAAGUGGUUGGCCCACUUUCGAUUGAAGAAUUGAAGGCUCUAGCCUCGGAUUAUGCUAAUCAGAAUAAGAUAGUUGCUGUGAAUUGCAAAGCCAACGACGUCUUCACUGAAUGGCAUUAUGAUGGCUGUGAGAAAUGCCUCUGCAAAGUAGAAUCUGAAUCAACUAAGUUUUAUUGCAAGAAGUGUCGGUUGACAAUGAAUCAUUCAUUUAAAAGAUUCAGAAUAGAACUUGUUGUUUCAGAUUUAUCAGGCGAGGCAAUAUUUGUGAUUUUGGAUAAGGAAGGGAAGAGAUUUUUUGGUAUCUCAGCUCAAACCCUGUUUGCUGAUGCGGAAAACGACAGCAACGUUGUGCCAUCUACUAUUGCCAAGAUUCAAAAGCUUGAGUUGCAAUUCCUGGUUAUCCUAAAGGAAUACAAUUUCAAAACUUCAGCACAUGAAUUCAGUGUUCUGCAGAUUAAUGAUCUUCAUUCCAACAUGACCACCAUUCACUCUGCUAUUGCACUCCAGCCAUCUCUCUCUGCACUUGAUAAAGCGAAUUCGUCAUCCCAAUCCAUUGCCAGCAGCAUGAGCAGUGACCAUGAAGUAAAUGAGUUGCUUACGGUCGAGCCCUCUGAAAAUCCUACUCCUAACAGUGAGGUCCGAAUUGAUAAAGUGAGAGUCGAAAGUAUUGGUGAGAAGGCUAGAGUUGUGUCAGAUGCAGGAGAUGAAAAUCAAGAUCCGAAUACUGCCAGAGAAGCUGCAACAUCUGCAAAGAAGAACUAUAAGAGGAAGAGCCAGGAUCAAUUACUCUGAGUGGUUGACUAGAAUAUUGGUUUGUCGACUAAGUAUUUGGAUCUCAUCUUUUACAAAAGUUGACAAUGGACGAAUGUGUUUGCUUUUUAUAUUUGGACUUAACUUACUAUGCUAUUGGCUAUGCCAUUUCCUGUUUGAAGACAUUUUAGUAUUUGGGUUCUUUGAUGAUGUAUAUAUAUAUGUUCUGUGCUCUUAUGAGGGAUAGUGGUCUCCUUUUGGUCA